AUUGAAAAUCAUUAACAAAUGACAUUACAUUUCAACAAAGAGGAUUUUUAAGAAAAGAAAUUAAUUUCUCCUUUCUCUUUGGCGAAUACAGCCAAAUUUUUGGCAUUAGAUGGAGAAAUUCAAAUUCAGUCCGUUGAAAUAUUUGUGACAAAUUACUAUAAUGUUCUAGAGCUUCCUAAUCGGGACAUUUGUGGUAUUACUAUUAAUAGAAACAAAAGAUAAAAUCAAAGACCUAUGUAAAGAGCAACAUCAACACAAAAUGACAUAGCUUAUAAGAGCAUAUAUGCGUUUGACUUACACUAUAUAUAAUUUCAUAAAUGUCAUGAAUAUGUUUAGAUUUUGAUCACAACAUAACUCGUAAAAUGUCUAAAAUAUUUUGUCUAUUACCACGUUCAAUUACAACAACGUACGUAUUCAAAUAUAAUUACUAAUUGUAUCUUUAAGUCCAUCCACUCACGCUAAAUGUAUCUUUAAGUCAUUUUAAAGUCCAUCCAUCCACACGUAUUUUCUGUUGAAAUCAUUUUUUCUCUUUAAAUAUGCAUUUAAAUUACAUAGUAUAAUAUAUACAUAUAUCUACUAGUUUCAAAAGAAAAUACUUAAAAGCUCCAUCAGUGGUAUUAGAUAAAAUGAAAUAUAUUUAUUUGUAUUAUAAUAAUUUGUGUACAAGUUGAAAAAUUAAGUAUCGUAUGUGUGUUAAUAAAUAACCCACCUGACACACCACAUCUAUAAAUAGAGGGGGAAAUUUGCAGAAAAAUUAACAAAUUGAAGAAAGACCUAGACAUAAAAGUUUCCUCUCUUGUCUUCUGAAUUCUAACAAGAAAUCAAGAAAUGGAUCAUGGAGAAAUGAGCACCAAGGAAACUACGAAUGUGAAGCUUAUACCCGGGUACGAAAAUGUGAUGGAGCUCGUGCAAAGAAGAGAAGAGAUGAAGGCUGUCGAGAAGAGGAUGAAAAAUUUUAUUGGAGAAAAAAAGAUUGACGAUCUAAACUUGAGAGAAUUAAUUGAGUUCGAGAAAAAGCUUGAAGCUAAACAGCCUAAGAAGAUGGAAAAGAUUUGUUUGAAAGACAUGACAGAGGAAACCAAAGAUCUUAUAAUUCUGAAAGAAUUUGUAAACUUUAAGAUUGGAGAAAUGCAGACUAAGAUUUCCAGUCCUCAAGACGACGAAUUUGAUAUUAUAAUGGAAGUAGGAAAAAAGGAAGAUGUGAAGGGUUUGAAAAUGAGGAUGAAAGUGUUCAUUGGAGAAAAGGAGUUUGAAGACAUACACUUGGAGGAAUUGAUUGAGUUCAGUAGAAAGCUUGAAGCUCUUUACCCAAAGGUUUAUGUGCAUUUGGACGACAUGAAAGGAGAAAUUAAAGAUAUAAUCAUUAUGAAAGAAAUUGUAAAGAAAAUGAUCGCGAAGAGGGAUCCUACCUCGUCUAAAACGACGAUCAUCGACGAUUAUUUUUAAUUAGAAAUUAGUAACAUAUAAAUUCAUUAUCUUGGAUCAUAUAUGAUCACUUUAC